ACUGUCCAGCACGCUGGGGCAGAUGGUCGCUCCCUCGAUCAGCGCGUCAGCUGUUCACUGGAGCACACAGGCGGACUUUAGCGCGGCGCACAAAGAGCCCUCGCAUAAACACAGGAGAAAACUUUUCAAAAACUGCGCUUGUUUUACUGGAUUAUUAGUUAAAAGGGCUAAUCGUAAGGCGAAUGUCUUAUUCAAGGUGCAAGACCAGAAGUUAUUCCUCUGUUCCUGGAUGGCAAGUACACUUCAAUGACUAGAGAACAUCAGCCGGCUGUACGGCCCAACCAAACAGCAGGUCUAGUAGAAAAACCCAAGUGGCCUGAAUAUGGCCGACCCAUCCCUCUACGUGACUGAUACACCUGGCCCCGCCUCAACCCUGGGAGACACGUGUGUGUGGGAGAUUAGGCAGGAGUAUGACGUCAUUCCCACGCUGGUCUGCUCCAUAUGUCUGUCAGUGGGUCUGGUCUACUGUUUCUUUGGAUAUCGCUGCUUCAAGAUGGUGAUGUUCCUGUCCGGGUUCAUGCUGGGCUCGGCCGUGGUGUGCCUCCUGUCGCUGGUCCAGAAGGACUCCGUGCCGGACACGGAGCUGGGCCUGGGGACCAAGGCGGGCAUCAGCCUGGGUGUGGGCGUGCUGUGUGGCCUGCUCACCAUGCUGGUGUCCACCCUGGGGCUCUUCCUCACCGGCCUGCAGCUGGGGGGGGUUCUCUCCGGCGCCGCCCUGCUGGCCGUCGCACAGUUCCACCCCACCCUGUCCCCCUGGUGGGCGCCCCUCGGCGCCCUGCUGGCCACCAGCGUGCUCUGCGCCCUGCUCACGCUGCGCUGGCAGAAGCCCCUCACCGUGGGGUCCACGGCCGUGGUGGGGGCGUCCGCCGUGGCGCUGAGCGUGGACUACCUGGUGGAGGCCUUCCCGCUGGCGGUGCACCUGGGCGACGCCGUGUCGGGGGUGGCCCCGUACCCGCUGUGCUGGAUCAGCGGGGCCCUCAUGGGGAUCGCCCCCGCUCUGAGUCUGGCGGGAGUGCUGGUGCAGUGGAGGGUCACGGCUGUUGGGGUGUCCCACAGCGAGUGGGCUGAGUUUAGGAAGCAGCAGGCCAAGGCCGAGGCCCCGACCAGCGCGCUGCAGUACAGGCGGAGCCACAGGAGGGCCCCCUCUCAGCGCCGCCGCGGGCCGCCGCCCCUGAGGCGCUACGCCGGGGACGUGCUGGCGCCGAGCUACAUCAGGAGUCUGCAGGAGCGCCAGAUGGGCACGGGGUCCUCCAGCAGCAGCAGCACCGUCAGCACCGUCACGUGCACCGUGAUUGACUUGGACUUUGAGACGGGCUCCAUGGCACCGCUGACCGCCUCCUCGCCGGGGUUCAGGCUUUAGAGAGGACUUCAAACAGUACAGCCCCCCCCUGCACACGGUCUGAUUCAAACCCCUGGUUCCUUCAAAUCUUUAUUUCCAUGGCUUUCAAUUCAUUUUUUUUAACAUUUUUUUUAUUUCAGAAUCAGCAGAAUGACACACAUAACAGCUAAACUAAGUGUAAUUUAAUACUUAUUUUUACUUGCACAAUACUGGUAAUAUUUCAGUGUUUCGCAGUACAUGAUGUCAUGAUUUUUUACAUUUUAAAUGCUAGUAUGAAAGUAUUGAGCUAUUCAAGACAAAACAUCAUGGGAAAUGUGUAACAUGAUGGGAUGAAUUAUUGAGAAUUAAAAGUUACAUACAGCUUCAUACUCAGCACUUAUCCUUUGAGAAAAAUUAAAUAAUUGUUUUGUGAAUGUGCUACAAUGAUAACAUCCAAUAGCUAGUCCUGUUUUAUGUUGGUCAAUCAGUCCUGGCCUUUUUAAUGUAAAUUGGAAAUCGCUUGGACAUUUUGUUUAAGAGACAGCAUAUAACACUUUGAAACCAUUGCUCUUUAUUAUAAUAAUAAUAAGAAAAUGAUUUGAAUUCCCCUGAGUGUUUUAUGUAUGUCUUGUAUAUUCAGACUUGACAGUCAGUCUUGACAAUAAACAAAACAAAAUCCUCUUCUGUAAACAAGGUGCAUUAAGUAUCUUUGAAUCAUUGUUGCCCUCUAGCGGUUCAGUCAUCACAGUGCAUCCAUUUUGCUGCUGUGUUUAGCGGGUAGCCCUUCUCCACUGUUUGUUUGUUAACACGCCAAUACUGGGUUCCCUUGAACACAUAAAUGUGUCCGUUAGUCCCCGUAGAUACAGCACUUGGAUUGCUAGGAAACCCUCGGUAAAGCUUUUGGAUAGCUUUUGGAUACGACUUGAAGUCUGUAACUCCAAUUUCAUCCCACUGCCAAUACUGUGAGCCCUGAAACAAGUCAAUUCAUGUUAAUGCUAGUGUGCUGGCUGUCUAUACACAACACACAGAGUAAGAAUUUACAAUACAAUUAAUGAGAUUCAAAGAUGUUCCUGGUACCUACUUUGAUGAAUAUAAUUCUUUUCGGGUUUCUUUGAUAAAAGGCGGAAUCAAUGUCAGCUGGAAUUUGUGCCAUAUUUUUGGGAAAGCCACGGUCAAGUUUAAAUGUUGUAUAUCUCCACAAUUGUUUCCCUGUGAAGGGAAAAUUAUGAUACAAAUUGUUUAAUUAGAAUGCACAGCAGUAUACAAAAAUGCAGACAGGUGGUCCAAACACCUUUGAUGGACAGCAUAGCAUCAACAGCUGGAGAAAUCAUUCCAGCUGACUGCACUCGGCCCACAUAACCUGUAACCUAGCUGUUCAAUGGAUCCU